AUGCUUGUGUUUCUUACAAUAGUUAAUCUUCUCAAUCUCUUUUUUUGGAUAGAAUGGGCUGUUCGAAUGAAAUUUAAGAAGCCUAGAAGAAGAUGGGUUUUACGUAAAUGGUUAAAUACUGACGAAUUUUUGACGGACAACGAAUUGGUGUUAAUGAGAAAAUUUGCUAGUACCUUUCGAACUGGGAAUUUGUUGUUAUUUUAUUAUAUUGAAGCACAUAGCAGUAGAGUAGUUGCUAGUGCCUUUUGUAUCGCCUUGUUCAGACGUUGGUUAGAUAGAAGGGCAGCACAUUAUUCUAAUAAUCCGCAUCCUAGAGGUGACAGUCCAAAAGAACAAAUUGGAUGGAAACUCGAUCCAGAAGAAGGUGAUGGAUUGGCUCCAAGUCCUUCCGAGUAUUACUCACCAUUGGAGACCGGAGAAUCGCCAGAAAGUACAAUGCCUUUUAUUUCUCCCCAACACAGAUAUACCGACUCUUCUGAUAGUUCUACUAAUUCUAAGCCUCCUGAAAAAGGCAGCAAAUUCGCAACUUCCACCCCUUUUGCGCCGGGAGAAACCCCGCGAGGAAUUGGCACUGGCCGGCCCCAAUUUCCAAGGAGAGGAGGUCAUUAUUCAAAAAACUUACGGGAGGCCUCAAGGUUGUCUUGUUGAAUAUAUUGAAUUCUCUCUCUAAUAAAAAGGCUACUAAGCAAAUCGGUCCUGGUUCCCGACCUUACAUUCUUCCUUCAGACCCUGAAUGUUCCCUUCGGACAAAAACUAUGAAUGUUC